AUGUGGCAAUUUAAAAGAUUGAAUGCAGACGCAAAUCAAUGCCUAAUUUCGGAAGCGCUCUACGAAGCAAGAAUCAUGCGCACAUUUGACCAUCCAAAUGUGAUUCGUAUAUUCGGAGUUGUAGCGGAGUCAUUACCAAUAAUUCUGGUUAUAGAAUAUAUUGAUGGGAAAUCACUUUUGAGUUUAUUACGAAAUUGUGAAAUUUCGAAUGGAUAUAGAAUGUCAUUUAUCGCAGGAUUGUUGUAUGCGAUGGCAUAUUUGCAUGACCGAGGAUUUAUCCAUCGAGACAUUGCUGCUAGGAAUUUAUUAGUCUCGAAAAACUUUUCAGUAAUAAAACUGAUAGAUUUUGGAUUGUGCAAAAGAGCCACGUCAUAUGCUGUAAGUGUUUUCUUAGAAGUAUAAGAACAAAAUUUUGAUUUUUGAAAAAGUUCCGACAACAAGCUAAUUCUACUUUCUUUCAGAUUCAAACUGCUCGCAACAUUCCAACGUGAUGGUUGGCUCCUGAAAUUUUCCGAGAAAAUCUUUUUCUCUUUGAAAUCUGAUGUUUGGGCAUAUGGAAUUACAUGUUGGGAAAUUUUCAAUGAUGGAGAUUUACCAUAUCCAAAUCUAACAAAUGCACAAAUUAGAACUGCAUUAUCAGAUCCUGCGCAAUUUGAUGCACAUCGAUUGGAUGUGAAACAAUGUAAUUGCAAAGAAAAAACACCAACAGGAUGUGAGUUUGAAAUAUUUUCUUGAAUCAUAUUUUUAUCGAAACAUUUUCAGUAGCUGAUGUGUGCCGACUCAUUUUCGAAUUCGAUUCAAAGAAACGAUAUGAUUUCGAGAAAAUUGUGCCAGUUAUGGAGCAAGUUGUGUUUAGCAAGUUAGUUGGAUUGGAAUGCGAAAUGGUCAAGAAUCAAAUGGCAGGCGGGAGGUUUCCAUUGAGGGCUUCGGCCACAAUGGAAACAUCCAGAAGGAAAACAACACGGCGGAAUUGGAAAGAAAAAACACCAACAGGAUGUGAGUUUGAAAUAUUUUCUUGAAUCAUAUUUUUAUCGAAACAUUUUCAGUAGCUGAUGUGUGCCGACUCAUUUUCGAAUUCGAUUCAAAGAAACGAUAUGAUUUCGAGAAAAUUGUGCCAGUUAUGGAGCAAGUUGUGUUUAGCAAGUUAGUUGGAUUGGAAUGCGAAAUGGUCAAGAAUCAAAUGGCAGGCGGGAGGUUUCCAUUGAGGGCUUCGGCCACAAUGGAAACAGCCAGAAGGAAAACAACACGCCGGAAAUAA